CAUAACAAGGCAACGGUGUAGGCAAUUAUCCUCUUCAAUAUGGCGCCCAACACGAAAUCAAACGCUGUCAUUCAGUCCUGUAUAGGAAAAACAGUUCUUUCUUGUCUUCUCAUACCACUUUUAUUUUCCAGCAAUGCGUUUUGUGCCAUAAGAGCUGUUCAGGCUGGAAAUGCACCACAUCAGUAUAAUAUCAAACCGGCCAAUGUUUACCAUGUGUCCAACAAUCGUUCGGAACCGUUGUUGACCAUAUUCUGCUGGACAGGUGAUCCCAAAACGGUGUUUGGGCUUUGGAAAACUGCGACGGUGUAUUUGACAAUAGAAGAUGAAGACUUUUAUAUAUAUAAAGGGGAGAAUGCAAGUCAUGUAGUCCAUCUUCAUCAAUCCCUCCAACAAUCAUGGUUCUCUUUUCUGCCUUGGAAGGAAAAAUCCAUCUCAGUAUCUCCUUUCAACAUGUCAUGCGUAGGAGUUUUUUCUCAAUCACCUUACAGCUUAAGAUUAGAUCUCAGACAAAUCAACUUCAACCGUUUGGUUAUGUUUGCUACUGGAAUACUCAUUUUCAUGGUUGCCCCAAGUCUAUGCAAGAAAGUAGUAUUUCACUACACAACUGGUACACUUGUUGGAGUACUAGGUUCCAUACUCAUCAUUGUUUAUCUUACUAGCCGACUUAUUCCCAAAAAAUCUGGUGCUUAUGCUGUCUUGAUUGGUGGCAGUUCUAUAGUUUUUUAUCUGAUCAGAAGUCUUUGGGAAAACUUGUACUCUGUACUCCGAGAAUAUCACUAUUAUGUGAUUGCAUACUUAGCUGCCAGCUCAGCAAUUAGUUUUGCGUUUUGUUACCGAUUUGGUCCAGUCACUAAUACGAGAACAAUCCACUUACUUCAGUGGGGUCUUCAGUUAUGUGGGCUAUAUCUAGUUUUUGAAAGCAGUGAACAUAAAGAAGGUGCAAUGGCAAUAAUAUUAGUCACCGUUGUUUCUCAUAACUUUCCUGGGUCGUGGUGGGCGCGGUGCCGAACUCUAUGGUACCAAAGAUUCCCUCCUAAAGUGCGCAUGUUAACAGAAGAUGAAUACGUUGAACAAACUCGAAUUGAAACGGAACGAGGGCUGAAAGAACUGCGAGAAUUUAGCAAGAGUCCCAAUUGCAAUGCAUGGAAAACCAUAAGUCGACUUAAGGAUCCUCUCAGGAUGCGACCUAAACAUAGUCCUCGUUGUAUUGAAUUCGUCUCUACUCCACCUAAAAAUAAUCAAAAUAGACGAUUAUCCCGAUUUGCGGAGUUUGUCGAAGGCAAGUCGCACCUGUCAGACCGUGAAGUCCUUGAUUACGAGACGACAGCAUAUCGAGAGAACGAAACCUGGACUGAUGACGAGUCAGAUGAAGAAUGAAGUAGUUGUGUACGAGUGAAAACUCAAUGCAGGAAACACUUUUUUAUUUACUCCUUUUCUGGGGAGGGUGAGGAGGUCGGAAAGUGAGAGUUGAAAUUUGAAAGCAAAGUUGAUUUCGAAGCAAUGAAUUUCAAUACAUGAAAAUUAUAAUAAAAA